AUGUUUCAAGGACGUCAAGAAAUAGAAAUGGAGUUCACCAAGUACCCCGAGUCGGUGACAGCGCCUGUGGGGGAUGAAGUGAAGUUCGAAUGUGCUGUCAGGGUACCUGGGGAGCGUCUGACGUGGAGGUGGCGACCUGACAACGACCAGUGGACUGAUUGGAGAACUGUUGAUGGAAGCAAUGACAAAGAUACCGUGUCCACACGUUUGGUAGUCCAGAUUAAAGAAAGUACUUCUAGCGCUUUGUAUCAGUGCGUUGUGUGGUACGGCGCGAUCAGUUUAGUUUCCAUCCCUGCGCGACUUUCAAUUGCAAAAGUUGAUCUCAGCAAGAAUACUCAAGAAAAACGGGUCAUUACUGCUCCUCUUUACAAUACAGUCGUAUUGCAUUGUAAGGAGCCACUCUCAGAACCUCCAGCCAGAUUAAGUUGGUGGAAAGCAACGACAAAGGGUUCCAGAAAAUCAAUAGACUCUCCAUACGGCGUUCUCGUUAUAAAUAACGCUACAGCAGAAGAUAGUGGUACUUAUGGCUGCACGGCUACCAACGAUAUAAGUGAACAAACUGUUGACUUACCUGAGAGAACAUACCUUAAGGUGCAGCAUGAAGGACAUGGCGGAUAUAGGUUUUUGGAAACAAAAGAAUACGUCGGUGUUGUUGAUGAGGAAGAUGUGUUAACUGUACCAGUUGCUCCUAACGAUGCUUUGCGAUUAUGGUGUGGCCUUGUGGGAACACCAUCACCGCGGAUAGAAUGGAGCAAGGACAAUGAUAUUAUAUCUGGAAACUCCCAGAGUCUUGUGGUGGAACCGUUUACUGCUGAACAUGAGGGAAUAUAUUCGUGUUCAGCGAACGGCAUCCGUCGGUCCUGGAAAGUGGUAGCCCUACAGCCGCCACAUUGGGAAGGCUCGGCCGGCAGUACUAACGCAAGUGAGGGCUCACCAGCGAAAAUCAACUGCGGGAUUCCACACGGGCAACCCACUCCCUCCGUCCACUGGGUGUUGAACGCCGAGAUGAUUACUAGCGGGAAAGGGGUUAAAGCUACAGAAUCUGAACUAGUGAUAGAGCGCGCGGAGAAGCGCCACGCAGGCAUCGUGCAAUGCUUCGCUUGCAACGCGCUCGGUUGUACGUACGACGCCGCGAUGCUCACCGUCGUGCCCGUGCAAAUAUCUGACCAGGAAUACUCGAUGGAGACUCCAAAAACAAUGCGCGUCCCUUCUCAACCGCCGAAAAGACACAACAGGAAAAACCCAAGAAAACACAAAGCGGUUUUGAUUCCCCCCUCAAGACCCAACGUGACACGCCUGUCUGACGAAAGUGUCAUGGUGUCUUGGUCGCAUGACAACCAUGGCCUGCCUAUACAGUUCUUCAAGGUCCAAUACAGAGAAGUUACGAAUUCAUCGAACUUCCAAUGGCACACCGAAAACUAUGACAUUCCAGCUCACAUACACUCCUUUGAGAUUGACGGACUUACUCCUGAUAAAUAUUAUAAGUUCCGUAUAGCAGCGGUGUAUUCAAACCAAGACAACAAACUGGGCAGGAGCAGCGCUAAGUUCUACUUGCAGCGGGGAGGUUUCCAGAGCCCGAGGGCUCCCGUUCUAGAAAAGGCCGUUGCUCUAUCACCGCAUAGUAUACAAAUUAAUUGGACGUGGUCGGCACAAGGGCAAGGCGUCCAGGCGGAGGGUUUCUACGUGUACUACCGCGCGGUAUCGUCGGCGGGAGCCUAUGAGAAGGUCUCAGUACGGGGUAUAGCAAGAAGCCUCACGUUGCAACACCUAGCUCCUGAUACCGCCUAUGAGCUCAAAGUUCAAGCGUACUCAGCACAGGCGGCUUCCGACUUCAGCGCUAUACUGGUCAGUAUUUUAUACCUUAUUGUUCCACUGUUAAGCUGUUUUACUUAGGAAAAAGGCACGGGCGCGGCGGGCGGCGCGAGUGCGAGCAGCACGGAGGCGCCGGCGGAGACGCGCGGCCCGCCCGCGCUCGUGACGGCGGGCGGCGCGGCGGGCGCGGCCGCGCUCUUGCUGCUGCUCGCUGCCACGCUGCUGCUGUGCCGGCGCGCCAGGCGACCCGCUCCUAAGGAGAAGGCCUCGCCGGAGGGCGGCGCGAACGGCUACCUGCCGGCCAAAGUGCCCAUCACCAUUACAGCUAACCCUAUGCACGGAGAGGGUGGUGAUGGCGGUGUAGAAAUGUCGUUUCUCCACAACAACAACUGUGGCAACACUACCAGUAGUGACGAUACAUUGCCGCAUCCGAGGAAAAAUGGCCCCGCUGCGAGGCAGUAUGUGUGAUACAAGCUCAAUUAAAACUGGACUGCAUAUUUUACUGUAGGUCACAAGGCUUAAAAUAGCAACAUUAUGUAGUUGCCGUUCCAUGAAAAUUCUACCAUUUUGGUGUAGUACGAUUAGAAAAAUAAUACAGUAAUACUGGGAUUUAAA